AUGCGCUACAAAGACAACUCUAAAGGCAAGUCGCACGUGUAUGAAAACAGCCAGGCGUUAAACUCGGGAGAACCGGUAUGGAAUGGCACUAGUCUUACUCUGUCCUUUACAAUAUGGCGGAUGAUUUGAACGACACCGGUCGUGAUAAAGUAGUCUCUAAAGGGUUGGCGAAAAGGAAAUACCUGCUUGUAGAUAACGAUUUGGAAGGAUUAGAGUUUACAUUAAAGGAUAACCCCGUCAAUAAAAGUUAUGGUUAGCACGGGUUUAUUUUUUACCUGAGUGGGUUUAAUUGUGCUGGAAAGAGUGUUUACAUUCUAUAUUUUAUGUUUUCGAUCUUCUUUUCUAGCUCCCAUGAAAAUAUUUAAACGGUCCGAGGUAGAGUCCGUCGCUAUUUCGAAAUGGGGAAGUAUGGAAAAACUGGAAAAUGAGCGGGAAAAGAGAAGGCGACAGAACUCAAAGUUAGAGGAAAAAAAGAGGAAGAAAAAAGACAUUUUUGGGAGAGAGAGGAGUUAUUUGAACCUCUUAAACCAUUCAUGGAGAAUAUAGAGCUGCCAUCUGAGAGGGUGUCGCCAUAUUUUAGAGAAAAACGAGAUAGACCACAAGGUGAUGUAUCGAUGGGCCUUAGUGACUCACAAGAAUUAUGCUCUUUGGAUUUGUCUAAGUAAUGGCAAAAAAAGAGACAUUGGAAAUAUGCAUGCAAAUGGAAUGGGAUUUGCUGGGUAAUGCGUUUUUAAAAAGCUUCUUGGCAUCUUUCAACGUAUCUUGCGUUGACAGAAUUUUAACCAAAUAACUUCAAAUUUUCAGAUCUUGGAAGGAUCCAUCUACAGAGGGCUUCUACCUUUAUCGAGACCAGGAAGGUUUUGAAAGUUGGAGGACUAAGGGCAACAAACCUAUUUAGUCAAAUUAUAUUUAACAUCUGAAUAUGCCCUUGUGUCAUAUCAGUCUAUCUAAUUUUAGAUGUAUACACAAUUUUUGUGCUGACAUCUAUCAUGAUUUAUUGUUUACAGUUAGUGAAAGUAUUGACAGUCUCCUUGAGUGUGAUGUGAUCCUGUGCUUUUGUGACUGCCUGCACAGCAUCCCACCUGAUUAUAUGUAACUUUUAUUAAAAAAAAAAAACAUGUCAACAUAUUUUGUUAUAACAUGCAUUUUCAGUGCUCUAAAUUGCAUGCAAGCAAUCUAAAUUAUAUUUGAACUUUGAUCAAAACUCACUGCAGCUGGCAGUUGUUGUUGUCUUUUUAUUAUUGUAAACUAACUUUCACUUACAUUUUAGUUGUGGCUCGUCAACUAUUCAAAAACUUUCCAGAAGCCAGACUAGUGGACAAAAAGACACCCUAUAAUGAGAGACGGAAAAUGGGGCAUUUUUCCUGGACCUCUAGUGCAUCAUCUGAAAAAAUAAUAGUCAAUUUAUAUGUAGUGCAUAAGGUAUGUAACAAUUACUCUUGAAAUCAUCAGAUCAUAGCUUCUCAAUGUGAUUGUUUGAUGUAUGCAAGCCCAUUGGCUCACACUGCGGCAUGAGAGACAACUUUUAUUGGCUUUCUUCAAAUACACCUUCAUUCAGUUUUGCUUUUAUAUUCUUUUUUGCUUACAUCAUAAAAGUAUAUUCAGAACUGAAAUAAAAUAAAGAACAAAUACCAAGAACUGGUCUAGACUUAGAAUAUAUUUUUUGUUGGAUGAAAUUGUGCUUUCUGAUUUAAGAACAAAAAUAACCCCAAUAGCAACAGGCUAUGAUAAUUUUUUAAAUAACCCCAAUGGCAACAGGCUACAUUUUUAAGGCCUUAGCGUUUGGAGAAUUUCUAACUUGAAGUUACUUCAAUUGAAACACUGAUGAUGUUCUUGUCUCUCUCUUGUUCAAUUUUUGAUUUGAUUAACAGAAACAAUGAAGGUUUUUCUCUCCAUCUACUUAAAGGAGUGUCAUGGAUGUUAGCUUUUACUUUUUUAUCUGCAGUGGAAGGGUGCUCCUCAAAGACGAGAAUCUUCAUCAUUGAUGAAUUUUGACGCUCUUGCUAUCUGUCUCAAAAGGCUCUCAGCUUUGCUCUCCAAGACACUGCAAACUGAUGGGCGGCUGAGUAACAGUUUAAACAUUGGAACUUACUUGCCAUACAGAGUGGACUCUGAAAUAUGUAAGGUCUUUGUGGAAGUGUAGAUGCAAUCUGAAUUGAGAGCAUGGUAUGAGUCUGCUUUUAAGUAAUCUGGGAAAAAUUGAAGAAAAAGCAAUUUUUGAUUAUGAUAAACUACGUUUUUGAUGAUUAAUCUAGUGUAUUUUUUAUGGUUUUUUCAAGAGACUUGAAACAUCACUGCUAGAACUCAAUAAUGCCUUCCAUAUGGUUGGGAAUUUCUCCUUUAAACAGAUUUUUAUGAAUUUACAUAAAUUCCAGAGAUAGCAAAGAUAGGCACAGAUACUAUUGGGUACUAGAUUGUCUAAUUGGGGGGAGGGGGGGUGUCUUGUCUGUUGUCCCCCUCCCCUCCAGUUCCCCCAGCUUCUGACAAUUGCACCUAAUUCCCGAAUUCAUGCAAGACAGUUUGGUUUGUGUGGGUGCAUACUCACUACACUUUCACUUGUAGUAAUGUUUUGUGGCUCUUUCCAACAGUCAGAAGAGCUCUAGAAGAAAAUAUGGAAUAUCCUGUGAGGGUGUAUACCAACACAACCAAAUACUCAUCCUCAAAAUGAUCAGCUGCAGAGAGAAUUCUGAUACAACAAUGUGUCGUAAAAUGAAGAGAAGGAGCACUUUACCAAAGGUGAAAAACUUGUACCAUAUAUGAGGUCGAGAAUGGAUAUUUUGAGAGGUUUUAAAUGGCCUGUUUUCCCUCAUAACAGAUCAUUAGGAGCACUGCAGCAAUUGAUAAUGAAAUGAGUGGUAAUUUUGUUGUCUUAAAGAAAAUACUAAUAGUUUUCUGAACAGCAAAAGAUUAUGAGACUUUUAAUCAGUGACAGUUGAUAUUUUUACCGAAAUAAAAAGGAAAAGAGAAGAGUUAUCAGUAGUUUAAACAUCAAUACAAUUGAAGGACUUGGCUUUGUUUGUUCUCUUGUUGGUUUUUCCGAUGAACAGUCAGACAGGUCUUAUUUAAUCUGACAACAUCUCUCUUGUGUGUUCAUUAAAUUGACAUUUUCUCGGUGUUUAUCUUUUCUCUUUUUCAUAUUUGUUACUUAAUGUGAUUGGCGCACCCAUCACGCAACUUAAUAAGCAUGAAUAAAGGAGUAAGUUUGUAAAGCUACGGUGGGUGGUGUAAGAUCCAAGUGUAACAUUUUUUCUAUUAUUCGUUCUUGCGUAAUUUGUUUUUCCUUUGCGUACGCAAAUUAGUUUAUACUUCUUUUCGUCCAUUUGUUUAGUCUUUUUUUUGGCGUUAAUUUAAGUGUUUAUUCCUUUCUGUCAGUUUUCGCGCCCUCGUUAGCGUUUCUGUGCUGUUUCGUCUUCAUUAGCGCCUUUCUAAGUUUCUAUAGUUUUAUUUUCCGCAUGUUCUAGCGUAUUUUUCAUAUCGUAGUUUUGCAGUACAGUUUUGGGCAGUUCAUUUUGGUCCGCACUUAGCGCAGUUCUGUUUAGUUUCUUGCAAGUCUCUUCGCGUUAUUCGCAGUCCGCUUUACAGCAGUUUUCUCUGGCCGAAACAAUGUAAGUGUACUUCACAGUCCUCGUUUUGCAGUUUUGUUAUUUCCUUACUCUAAUUUACCUUAGUCGCAACUUGUAACUUUUUUGCUUUUUUACCGUUUUAGUUUCAAUCCACGCUGUUUGUAUGCACACUCUUAGUACCAAGCACGUCGGCUACAAUAAAUCUUCAUUCGAACUUGGUUUGUGGUGUUGUUAUUAAAGGCCAGGAGACUUACACGCUUAUUGCAGUUUCAGGUGGUAUCACGAGAUAGUAUUUUGCCCUUUUGCUUUGGUUACGUGUAUAUAUUAUGUAUAUAUUUUAUCUUUUUGGCAGAUCAGCAAUUGCGCGUGAUAAAAACUAGACAUAACGUAAGGUUUAUUCUAGGCUCAAAAUCAAGAAAUGAGCGUAAUUUAAAUGAAAAUAGAGUGCAGAAAAUGUGUCAUGAAGAAUGAAUAAUGAACUAUGGUCAAGUGGCGCCAUGUUUAACAUUAAAGCUGACAGAGACUUAUUACCAUUUGAAUGGGUCAAUCUUGAUUCCAUGGGAUUUGGGAGUUUGUUUGACUCUUCCUGUAGGCAUAAUUUACCGGAAAUAGGGUUACAUUAUAUUUAUAGCCCCACCCUUAUCAGUUUGAUAUUAUUUCAAAUAGCUCUUUGAAUUAGUCGGAAGAAAGAUAUGUGAUCAAAAUAAACGCAUAUUUUUGUGUACAAAACCGGAAGUACUCUCUGAAUGCAUUCGAGAAAGUGAAAUUUAUACAAAUUUAGCUACUUUCAACGGCUUGUACAAGGUGAGGUACACAGCUAAGGAAAGACUUAGUAUGGAUGCAGAAUGAGGGAGAUGGCUUAAUUUAUGCUCAACCCUGUUGUACGACAAAAAACCCAAACACUUUUGCGAAUGAUAAUCUCGGCUAUGUUAGUCGUUUUUCUGGUUUUCAGGAAAGCGCGCGACGAUCCACGAUUUUAAAAUGAAUUAUAGAUUUCAGCACUUUUGCGACUAGUAAUAAUUACCUGAAUUUAAGCUCGAUUAAAUGUGCGAUCCGGACUCUUUCUGCGACUGUAGAUAUGAAUGUCAAUUAUGUUAACAAGAUGGUCUUUUAUUAUGAAGAAAACAUCAUUUUCAUCGCCCUUUUGUCAAUCAUGCGGUUUUAUUGAAGUUCUAAAAAUUGCACUUUGGAAGGGAAAGACCCUCUCUGUCGUACAAUAACAGUCGUAACAGAGUAACCGCAAAAGCUAAUUGGCAUAAGAAUAACCGUAUGAUUCAUCAUUGACGUAUGUAAUAACCGGGUGAGGCGUCUGUUUUCAUAAGUCUUCCUUGUCUGGUGGAGUGCUUGUCAGGAGGUGGAGUGCUUGUCAGGAGGUGGAGGUUUUGACAGAACUCAGGUGAAUUGACAUUUCAUUUGAUUAGUAAUGAUUACUAUUAAGAAGUAAGUUCGCCAAAUAUAUGACCGCAGUGGAAUCUUAAAAGAAUUGAGUGUUUGUUUGAUCAUGGCGAAGAUUUCACGGAUAAUCAACUUAUCACACAUUGCUUUGCAGUUUUCUCUGUCCGGAAAUAAUAUAGGCUUCUCGUUGAGGCGCAAUUUAACAGUUAAAUCACGGUCGAAUAAAAUUCGGCCACAAUCUCUGCUUUAACCUAUUUUCGACCAUUUACUUAGAAUUUUGAUAAAUGAACCGCGAAGUCAGACGACUUUACUGAUAGAUGUACUAAUGGAUUACGUGGUUCUUCUACUGCCGUUAUCCUGAACGGAUUUCCUGAACGGAUUUCCUGAAAGACUGACAGCGGUUUUAAUUAAAGUGGAAAAAGCUGAACAAGUCGCGCAGAGUCGAAUUUGGACAAAAAUUCACGCGGUUUUCUUUUUCUCACAAAAGAUCUCAGGAAUGCAGCUCAUUUGCAUACAUUUAAGGAAGCAUUUGUAUUUUAAGGUUACUCGUCAGAACUUGUUGGCAUCUGUCAAAACAUGUAAAAAAUCGUAAUUAUUAUGGCAACAUGCUGAUUUUCACUUUUUGAGUCUUACUGACCAUGCAGAUGUUUUCAGUUCUUUACGGACAAGAUGCGUACAGGGAUUGUGUGUUUAUUGAGGGAUUGUGUGAUUUUGAGGUUUAUUUGAGAGAUCGAGCACCAUAUGUAUUAUUUCGAUAUUCUUAGCAAUAAGAUAUAUUAAGAACGCGGUUGGAAUUGAGAAUUGUGCUUUUGUUUAUUUUCUUGGCUAAAAUAAUCGACUUUCCAUGCAUGUCUUUUUAGAUUUACGGUUUUUGUUCAACCCAGAGGUGAUAUUGAAUGUAUUGCUGAGCAAACUUUGUAAGAAUAAUUUUACAAGAGCAAUCGGUCAGGUGAUAUUACAUUAUUCAAUUUGACUUCAGCCCGCGGGGGGAACACUUCGGGCGAAAGCGAGAAAAAAAAUCAAACAACUACAUGAUAAAAGGAAUAAAGGAAGGGACCUACAGGGCGGAACAGUGAAACUUAAAUCCUGAAAGAUAGCAAUCGAAAUAUUUAACCAUUCUUUCCUUUAAGUCCUCCUUUAAAUUAAACGUGAUUCCCGUUACCUUUUUUUUCUUUUAAUCAUGUCAAGGUUUUCGUGAAUUGUUCCGAUAUUUUUCGGCAAGAGGAUCAUUCGUUUCAUUUUUGUCAACAGGUUCUAUAGAGAAAGAUCACCAUGACGGGUUUGCCUUGCAGACCUCCGUCAGUAGACAUCCCACUGCCGCAGAAUCUCUCGUAUGAGAAAGUUGAGUUUGAUCAAAUUUACGUCCCUGCCAACGCCCUGAUAAUAGCUGAAAACGAGCAGAUAUUUCUGGCGAUGGCAAACGUCUUGAAAGAGCUGAAAGCUGUUCUGAUUGGCGACGCUGGCUACGUUUACACAGGGAAAAUCGGCUCUCGGCAGGUCUUCUUGCUCAAAUGUCGGGGCCCUGGAGCAGUUGUUCUGACCAUCAAGAAGCUCAAACCAAGGGCUGGUAUCUUUUUGGGGUUUGCCAAAUCUCUUGUGAUCAGACCUCAUGAAAUCGGUGACAUAAUAGUCGCAGAAGCAGUUUUACGAAGGGACACAAAACAAGAAAAACUUGAAAGUUAUGGCUGCAGUGAGUAUUUAAUCAGUGUGUUUGAAAACGGUAAGUAUGGCUGGACUCCUCCAAAAUAUCGUGAACAAGCUGUCCAUGUUGGAAAAAUCCUGCAGAUGGGAGAUUUUGCCAAAAACGAGAAAGCCAGCGCAGUUGCUGUCAAGACUUCAAGUUUGGGUGAGUAGGAUCUUUUGAGACAUGUACUCGUGCGUGGAUGCUAUUGUUUUUCCCUUCUUUUCUUAACUCAGCGUUGCCGGAAAGGGUCGUAAAUUAAUUAGUAGAACUGUGUGUUUUGAAAGUUCAGCGUUAACAAGUUGUGCAGGCCCUUUUGUUGAGGAACAAAAUAGAGAAAUAGGGGUUAAUAUUUAUAUUGCCUUUAAUCCAUAUGAUCUUUGGACUUUCCUGAACUUGAACAACUUAGACAAUUGGAAGUGUAUGAAGCAUUAAUAAUGAGUUUAGGCAGGAUAUGAUGUUUGGCGACGGCAAACGGAAAAACAAAGAACUCUAUUCUGAUUUGCUCACACCCACUAAUCCUCAAUAUCAACAUUAAACUAGUUGAAAAGUCUUUUUGUUCAAAUUAAAUUCACAUGCCUUCACUUUAAAGUACAAACGGCUGCAGACGGUCGGGAAAAAUUUGACCUCUCCUACGGGAGAAUAUUCUGUUGCCUCUCUAGUGUACUAGAUAUGUGCCGACGACAAAAGUUUUGUGCAGUCUGUUUCUCUGAAUCUAUCUUUGUACACUUAAGAUGUUUCAGAAUGCAUCAAGGGCCUGCGAAAAGAAUGGAUUUCAAUCGUCAGUGUCACGGGAACCCCGCGUUGUCAUGGCGACCGGUCCUGGGAGCCUUACGUAGCUGCAGUUAUAAGCUCGUUCGUCAAUAAAGUGUUAGAAGACGACCAAGUGUUUGCUGUCUUGGGAGGGGAGGGUAGGGGUCCCCGACGACACAGUCCUCUUUUGAGUGACCCUUGGCAGGAGACAAUAGAUACCUCGAGGAAGAUCAAUUUUUAUGAUGGUAUGAUAUUAGCCCAGUUUAUUAUCAUAUCUUUACAAAAAGCAGAUUAUGAGUUUAAGAUUUCUACCGCGAGAUAUUUGAUGAUCAGCCAUGAUGCUCAAAAAGCGAAAGCGAACAUUCAAAUCGUUUAGUGUAAACUGAUCUAUAAGUAGUUCAAAACUUACCAACAUAACAGGCUUAUGACUCAUUGUCAUUGUCUGUCUAUAACCAAUCAGAUGGCAGCAUCUGCACUAGAACGCCAAACAAUUCUACAUUUGACUUAUUAGAUGAAUGUGCUCUGGUAGCAAGAGGCAAGGGAACAUGGUUUCCCUCGACAAAAUUAUGCAGUAAUAGCUUACCGGGCGGGCGGCGGGGUGUUUAAAAGCUGUGCUCUUUUCAGAGAGUUCCCACAGUGCACUUGAAUUUAGAGUGACUUUAAGAAACAUACAAUGCACUUCACGAUAUAUAAUUUAACGAGAAAUUUUCACUCACGAUUUAAAUAAGUAUAACUAUGAAUGCAUUGGGCGAAUCCAACCCUGCACCUAGUCACGAAUACAACUACAACAAUACAUGAUAAUACUAAUUAAAAAACAACUCAUGUCGUGACUUGAUUAUCUUAUCCUUUUCCUCUGUUUCCAGACCGUGACUUAAGCCAGGAAGAAAUUAAGAGAACGGCGGAGAUGUACUGGGAACGAUUACAAUAUGCAAUCCAAAAUGGAGUAUUUCAUCCACCGCCUCGGCCCGACUCACAGUCAAACAUUCAUCCCAGUCCGGAUCAUUUCAGAAUAUUACCUUCCUGGAAGUAUCCUGUGGAAAAUGGCGACAGAAGAGAGGUUACUCCGCCUGCCUCAAAGCACUUACCAAUAUCGGCAGAAAAUCUUGGCACACACCUGAGCUUAAAGUCCUCGCAUAGCCUGUCUUUGCCACUCCUCCCCUCAGGCAAAUACGAAAGGGCCGGAAAACCAAACAGAAAAAUAUCUUCACCAUCCGUCAAAAGUAAAAUAUUACAAGGCAGCAGCCAGUCACUUUGUCCAACUUUGAGCUCCACUAUGGCUCUCACCACAGGGGCGGCCCUAUUGCCAUUGGGAGCCACCCUUCAAAGUCAAGGAAGCCGUCACGAGAUUAUUUGGAUCAGAGCCGAGGAGAGAGCAGCAGCAGUUAGCAGUCAUUUGCAUAUGGGUGUCCUUCCUCCAAUACCACAAGUCAAGAAUAAGUAAACUGACUUGUUACGCGAUGUUUUGUCGCGUUUGUAGCACUAACUCACUAAUUUAGGGCACGUAAAAAUAGCAGUAAAUAGCAUGCUUAAUAGUUUUCUGCAUAUAUUUGUGUGAUGUUUCACUUUCGGGGGCAGUUCAGAAUACUUAUCUCGCUGUGUGUUCAGUGAAGGCGGUAGAACACAAAGUCAAAGCUUAUGACUGAGAGGCAUUUAGAUAGCCUUAUAAAUGUAUUACCAAACACGAUCGACGCAAAAUAAGUAUAUUUAAAGUCAUCCGAACUGAUAUCAGUCCAACGACACUUAUGAACAAAAUCAUCGCGUGAUCAUAGCCUACAUCCUUUUGUAUAAAUGCAAUUAACUGCGGGAAAUUUCAACACCGUGCAAUGAACGAGUUAUUGUUUUGUCGGGUUAAAUUAACUUGCACACAGCACGCUGCGAGAAUAUUUUGGCAUUAAGUUUUUUUCUUAGUGAGGACCUCAUACAGGCAGCAUAUAACUAGCGAAUCAUUUGCUUCUCUCACAUGGGGCAGUUAAGUUCUAUAUUAGGUAUGGGGUUUCACCUUGAAUUUUCACCCCUGUCCAAUUUAUCGACUCGUCUAUUUGUAAUCACCCCCCCUUUUAAAAGGUUUAGCUUAAGAUAAAGGUAUUUCCAUAGGCCCUCUCUCACUUGUUUCCUCAAUAACAUCACGUUCAAUCCAUGGUCAUAGAAAUUAUUGUCAUUAAACACCUGCAAUUAACAUC